GGGGCUUCUCCGAUUUUCUCUUAUCAAGAUUUUUUCUCGCCCAUUCCACGUGGCCAGCGUCGCACAGUCAAACACGAGCAGCAGGGGGUCAAUUUCGGGCGAGAGCAGCUAUAAAGUUGUAAAAAAUGAUUGAUAUGAGCUGAAUUUGCAACCACAAUUGCGUGCUUUCACAUACAGUGUUACAUAAUGAGUGAAAAAGCUUUCAAAGAGACCCGCAUCGAAUGCCGAUCUGAUCUCCAAUUUUCGGCACUGGACCCGUAGGGCCAUUGGGGUCUCAGACCUCUUCAAUCGACGCCCUACCGCAACAUGCCCAGAGCUUCUUUCUUUAUUAAUCCCAGCCAUCCUCCACAGAGCUCGAGGAGUCAUCCUGCAGUUUCACACCCUCAACCUGCACCAUGACCAGCCCCUCCACGCGGAGCGCCUCGAGCUCAACAACCACACAGCUCGACCAACCCGCCCCCGAUUUCGUCUCGGAGAAGAAAAUCGACACCACGCAAGAAAUCGAAUACCUCUACCUCGACUUUGACACCCCCCUCCCAACACCCUGGAUCACAGCACCCCCGGGCCCCGGGCAAUCCGCCGCACCAGACGCGCCCAACCUCGAAAAAUACACAUCCCCCUUCCUCUGGCCGAAAUGGCGCAAGUCGAUGAUGACUUGGAUCUCGUGCGCUGUCACCGCGCUGGCGGGGUACUCGGCCGGCGAAAUCACCCCAGCAUCGGGCCCUCUGACCGAGGAAUGGGACAUCAGCGCCGUCGUGUAUAACCUAGGAAUCACGCUCUUCUGCAUCGGCUUCGCGCUGGCGCCGAUGGUUCUCGCCCCGUUCUCGGAAAUCAACGGCCGGCGCCCGAUCUUCGUCGCGAGUGGGGUUCUCUUCGUCGCAAUGAUCGUCGCCUGUGGUGGGACGAGGCUAUUCUCCGGGUUCCUGGUUGCGCGGUUCUUUCAGGGUGUCGGGGCGUCGACGUUUUCGACCAUGGUUGGCGGCGUCAUUAGCGAUAUCUACCAUGCUGAAGAUCGGAACACGCCCAUGGCGCUGUUUGCGGGUGCGGCGUUGUUCGGUACGGGGCUCGCGCCGCUGCUGUCGAGUGCUAUAGUACAGCAUACCUCGUGGCGGUGGAUUUACUGGUCUCAUGCGAUGGUCUCGGGUGUGUUUGUGGUUAUUAUUUUCUUCUUCUUCAAGGAGACGCGCGGGAGUGUGCUUCUCAGUCGUAAGGCGCAUGCGUUGAACAAAUACUAUGAGCAGCUCGAGGCCGCGGGACACAUCGGUGUGUUGACUGGAGAGAGCUCUGAUCUGCGACGGAUCAGGUGGAAGGUCAAGAGCGAUGAGCAGCGCGAGUCGCUUGUGCAGAUGAUUUCCAUCUCGCUGUACCGUCCUUUCCACAUGCUCAUCACCGAACCCGUCGUCUUCUUCUUCUCCCUCUGGGUCUCCUUCAGCUGGGCAGUCCUCUACCUGCAAUUCGGGUCGAUCCCACUCGUCUUUGAAACGAACCACAACUUUAAUACCGAAGAGACCGGCGCCGUCUUUACCUCAAUGUGCAUCGGCGCCCUCGCAAUCACCCUAAUAAGCAUCUACCAAGAGAAAAUCGCCAACCACUUCAACCUCCUCCCCUCCUCCCCCGAAGCCCGUCUCUACUUUGUCUGCUUCGAAUCAAUGCUCAUGCCCAUCGGCCUCUUCUGGUUCGGCUGGACAAGUUCCAGCAGCAUCCACUGGAUCUCGCCGACAAUCGCCAUCGCCUUCGCAACAAUGGGCAUCUUCUCCGUCUACCUCGCCGUCUUCAACUAUCUCGCCGACACGUACCACCGGUACGCGAGCUCCGCGAUCGCCGCGCAGAGCUGCUGCCGGAAUCUGCUCGGCGGAGUCUUUCCGCUUGUCACGCAUGCCAUGUUUAACAACCUGGGCUUUCCCGAGGCGAGUUCGCUCCUCGGGGCGAUUGGCGCCGUGCUGUGUCUUGUGCCCUGGGUGCUCUUCGCCUACGGCGAGAGGAUCAGGGCGCGGAGUCGGAUGGCGAGUGAGCUUGCCAAGUAGAGGAUCCUUUGUUCCUCAGGAUGCCUUUUGCCUCGUUUUGGUGGUGGUAACUGGGUUUGGAGUGAACAUUAUGUGAGGCGACAUGUGCUUCGCUGACGCACAUUUACGGGAAAAGUGGGAUUGCAUAAUCGGUACUAUUGUUGCCUAGCAUAGCAUUUUCGGUUCGGUGGUUACGGUUGCAUUAUAGAACGCUGUGCUUUUUAUUCUUAUCGUGCCCCCUCUCGGUUUGAGGGUAGGUUUAAUCCUAGUAUAAUCAUAUACAUAAUCAUGAAAAGUUUCUGAUUCCAAACUCGGGUCUUCCUC